CGGGACGGGAUUUUGGCAUGCAGUUUUCUUUCUCGCUGAUGAAGCAUGUGCCCAGUGCCCUCGUCGACUACUACAAGGCUUGAACACAACACAUGGAGGAACACAGAGGAGUGGGGAAAGCGAACAUGCCCGAGACCAAGAGGCUCGUAAAAGCAAUGGUGAGGUCGUCAAACCAGCGACACAGAGUACACAGAUUCCUCGCUAUCUGGCGCGCACACCACCCAUGAUCAUGUUUAUACCCAUCCCCUGAUAUAAAACGACCUCCUCCGGGGACGCCACGACUCACAACACAAGCACGCACCCGCGUAUGAAAGCGCACGCGCGCCCAUAGCACCACGGACGCAGGCACACUCGUAUGGUCAUGGCUGCCGAGACCGGGGCGGCGCUACGUGAAGCCGCGAGCGCCCUGGCGUCCUCGAUGCAGCCGCAGGUGGCCGCCGUGUUCUUCGUGUCCGCGGCGUGCACGGUAGCGCUGGCCGCCCUGCUGGCCGUGCUGCGCAUGCGGCCGCCGUGGUGGUGCGCGUGCCCCGUGUGCGAGGCGUACCUGACGGCGUCGUGGGCCGGCGACUUCGACAACCUCUGCGACUGGUACGCCCACCUGCUGCGGACCUCGCCGGCGCAGACCGUCCACGUGCACGUGCUCCGGAACGUGCUCACGGCCAACCCGGCCACCGUCGACCACAUGCUGCGCGCCCGCUUCGACAACUACCCCAAGGGCGCCCCGUUCUCGGCCAUCCUCGCCGACUUCCUCGGCCGCGGGAUCUUCAACGUGGACGGGGACGCCUGGCUGUUCCAGCGCAAGCUCGCGGCGGCCGAGCUGGCGUCGCCGGCGCUGCGCGCCUUCGCGGUGCGCGUGGUGGCGUCCGAGCUGCGGGGCCGGCUCAUCCCCCUGCUCCGCUCUGCUGCCUGUGCCUCCGGCCGCGAGGGUGGAGGAGGAGGAGGAGGAGGCAGGGUCCUGGACCUGCAGGACGUGUUCCGCCGCUUCGCCUUCGACUGCAUCUGCAAGAUCUCCUUCGGCCUCGACCCUGGCUGCCUGCAGCUGUCGAUGCCGGUGUCCUCGUUCGAGGACGCCUUCGACACGGCCUCCACGCUCUCCGCCAGGCGCGCCACCGCGCCCAUGCACGUCGUCUGGAAGCUGAAGCGCCUGCUCAACUUGGGGGACGAGAGGAGGCUCCGGGACGCGGUGCACCUCGUGGACGCGCUCGCCGCGGAGGUGAUCCGGCAGCGGCGCAAGCUCGGGGGCGCCGCCAGCUCGGGCAGCGACCUCCUGUCGCGCUUCAUGGGGUCCAUCGACGACGACAAGUACCUCCGCGACAUCGUGGUCAGCUUCAUGCUGGCCGGCCGCGACACCGUGGCCUCGGCGCUGACCGCCUUCUUCCUGCUCCUCUCCGACCACCCGGAGGUCGCGGCCGCCAUCCGGGACGAGGCCGCCCGCGUCGCCGGCGACGACGACGACGGCGACGGCGACGACGGGCGGCUCACGGACUCCGCCUUCGGCAAGCUCAAGGGCAUGCACUACGUGCACGCGGCGCUGUACGAGAGCAUGCGGCUGUUCCCGCCGGUGCAGUUCGACUCCAAGUUCGCGGCGGGCGACGACACGCUCCCGGACGGCACGGCGGUGGCGAAGGGCACGCGGGUGACCUACCACGCCUACGCCAUGGGGCGGAUGGAGUCCGUGUGGGGCCCCGACUGCGGCGAGUUCCGGCCCGAGCGGUGGCUCCGGGACGGGCGCUUCGUGCCCGAGAGCCCGUACAGGUACCCCGUGUUCCAGGCCGGCGCGCGCGUGUGCGUGGGCAAGGAGCUGGCCCUGAUGGAGAUGAAGGCCGUGAUCGUGGCCGUGGUCCGGGGCUUCGACAUCGAGGCGGUCGGCCGGAGCUCCCGCCGGCCCAGGUUCGCGCCGGGGCUGACCGCCACGUUCGCGGGCGGCCUGCCGGUGCGGGUGCGCCGGCGAGCACGUGCGAGCGGGCACAAGCGCACAACCCGCCAAUGUGAUGAAACGGAAUAAAAGAAGAAGAAAAAAAAAUACUGCUGGUGUCAUCCAGGAUUCGUCCCUCGCUCGGCUUUUGCCCUGUCGUAUUUCCCGUUUCGUAUUCAGACGGAAUAUUGGUGGGUUAGAUUUU